CAACCCGAUCAAACGCCACCCGCCGCUUUUUCCUGCAGUCAUUGUCGUCAUUUGCAGGGCUCGACAUUCCAGCGACUCUGCGCCUCCGUGCGACCUCACCGACACCAACCUCUCGUCGGGAAUCUUCUUUUGUCUUGUUGAUGAUCGUCAUUGAUCUUGUGCCGACUUUUGCCACUCCACCAGCCCUCUCUGGUGCGCGUUGUGAACCAUGGCCCGACAGAAUCAGGACCAAAAUCAGCGGCAAGGCCAGAAUACACGGCCGACUAGGAACAUAACGGGACCGCAGUCGGCGUUGACAGACUUUCUCGCCUCGCACAACAUCUCAGCACGUCAGAUCAGGGAUGAAGCCGAACAUCGCCGACAGCAGGCCCUGUCUCAAGCAGAGCAGAAUGGCGAGCAGCUGACGGUCACUGUUGCUGAGUCCAGCAGCAGCGGCCGGCGACGCGCAAGCCGCGUCGAAAACGACGAACAAAAAUCCAAGAAGAAGGCCGAGGAGGCUAAAGCGAUAGAGAAGAUCAAGGCGAGCAAAGCGUUUAAGAAGCGCAAGAAGAACGCUUACGAUUCGGAUGACGACGACGAGAUUGCACGGGCUAUCUUUGAAGCGCAUCAUGCCCCGCUUCCCGGUCAGAUUGAGAACUGUGCCAUUUGCAGCAAGCGGUUCACAGUCACGCCGUACUCGCUGGCUGGUCCUGAUGGCGGGUUGCUGUGCGCGCCAUGUGGCAAGGAGCUUGCCAAGGAGAAGCAAGGACAGCCCAAGAAGAAGCCCCGGAAGCAGGCCGGUGGAGUCGGCUCGCGCCGGGCCAUGGCCAGCCGCAUCCUCGACGGAGAUGUCGGGACCAAGAGUCUCGCGACGCUCUGCGUCCAGACCCUUGCCAAGAAUGUCGAUCUGGCAGACAGCCUGGGCGACUUGCCGGAACAUCUCGUUGACAAAAUUGCUCGGAUAUUCUCUAAGCGCAGACUGCUGAAAUCUGAGACGCUGCCUCUCUUCGCGCAGCCGUUGACAGAGACGGUGCACAUCUACGACGGCGCGAGACUGGGAGAACAGGAUUUCAUCAGCAUCUUCCAGGUUGCCCCGAAUCUGAAGCGAUUCAAAGCGCGGGCGGCAAUUCAGUUCAAAGAUGAGGUGAUGGACUAUGUGCUCUCCCGAAACACGUCCCUUGAGAGCUUCUACCUACAUGGCGCGAACUUGCUCAGUGAGGAGAAGUGGCACGAGUUUUUGGCCGCCAAAGGCCAGAACCUCAGGGGCCUCCAAGUCUAUUACACGGACAAGCACUUCGGCGACGACAGCAUCGUCACUAUCGCAAAAUACUGCCCCAACCUACAGCGCCUGAAGGUCGAAAACAACCAAAAAAUGACUGACAAGGGAGUGGAAGCAAUUGGCGAACUAUCAUCCUUACAGCACCUUGGCCUCCAAUUGCAGAACCGGACAGCUCCCGAGUCCAUCACUCGAGCCCUCUCCAAGGUGGGCGGGACUCUCCGCACCCUGUCGUUGAAGAUUGUCCCCGACGCGGACGACAGGGUCCUGGAAGCCAUCCACGAACACUGCCACUCCCUCGCAAAGUUGCGCAUUACCGAGAGCGAGCAUAUGACCGACAAGGGAUUCGCGGACCUGUUUACAAACUGGGCAAACCCGCCACUCCAGUUUCUGGACCUGCAAAAGUGCCGGCACGUCGAUUCGACCCGACCACGCCACAAUGACGAUGGGAUUGGCCUGUGCAGUGACGGAUUCAAGGCCUUGAUGGCGCAUUCUGGAUCCAGGCUUGAGCAUCUGAAUGUCCACGCGUGCCGACAUAUCUCACGAGAAGCGUUCGAGGAGGCCUUUGAUGAAAAGGCUCAUUAUCCCGAGCUGAAAAAGCUCGAAAUCAGUUUCUGUGAGGAGGUGACGGACUUCAUCCUGGGGUGCGUCUUCCGGGCCUGUCCCAAGAUCAAGGAGAUCAAUGUGUUUGGGUGCAUGAAGGUGAGGGACGUUCGUGUACCACGCGGAGUAAUCAUGGUGGGGGUACCUAAUGCGCAAGGCAUGAUUACCGAGGGAACGGAAUAAUGAGCAUGUACAAGAUGGAUUGCUGCUGUCUCUCCCGGCGUUUAGAGCCUGGUCAGAGCAACUACACGGAGUUCGGCGCGAAUGGGCAAGUGCCACAUGACGUUUCUGAAGGCUAUGUACAGUUAUCCGAUGCCGACGCCAGUAUACUAAAGGAAUGGGCUACGUGUUUGUAACAUGAGGAGGUCGAUGAAAGCCAUGCGACAUGCGAUCGGAGUACCGUAUACACCAAGAGAGAAAUCAGCUGCCAUUCUCUCGUCGAAGUUAUGCUGGUUGUCGUGGUUUCCGAGCUGGCUGGCCAAGCCAGCACUCCUCGCUGCCAGUGGGCCACUUGAAACUCUGUACGGUGAGGUGCAUACGGUAGUUGUAUUCAUUAUGCGCCGGCUGGCCGUGUCCCAGACCCUUGGAUGUUUACCUGCCGAACGAUGCGACAGCCCGGGGGCCUCGCGCCCAUCAAGCGCCCUUGACCAAGUUCUGAUCCCACUGGCUCCACAGAGUGAGACGCUGCUCCAGCUCCUCAUCCGAGACGCCCUGAGAGUCUCGUUUCCAAGGUUGAGGGAACUUGGCACAGCCAAUCAUGUGGGUAAGGUAGUAGAGAUGAGAGAAGAUGUUGAGGCCAAACGUCCCGGCAUUGCACUCCGUGUUGGCGAUGCCGUCGCAGCGGCGCACGGCGCCGACGGGAUAGUCCGUCUGGUCCACGCCGCCCCCCGCGAGCCAGUACUCGGGCGAGAUGUGGCGGUAGCCGAGAAACAUGGGGCCCAGCCGGGGCACGGGGUCGUCGCGGUGGGUGACGCGCCACGAGCGGCCGCCGGGCUGGCUGGUGACGAAGUUGGCGAAGGCGUCGUUGCCGACGCGCGGCGAACCAAAGGUGAAGACGUC